ACCCGUAGAUGUGUGUGGCUGGCAGUCAAGCUGGCGUAGCAGACGACAGCGGGAGGUGGUGGUGUCUGCUCACGGUUUCUCGGUUCCUUCACAGUAAACAUCUCUUGUGUUCAUUCUUUAUUCACCGUGAACACUGCAUCUUUAAAGGUUCAGUAUGCCUGGUAGACGUAUACCUACAAGUGAAACGGCAGAGCCACUGGCCUUGGGGUUGGAAUCCUUCAGCCUCAGGGAGGACUCUGGAGAUGAAGCCACCAAGGGCAAGACUGAGCUCAAGAAAGAACUAGGGUUGCUGGAGGGUGUUGCCAUUAUCCUGGGCAUCAUCAUCGGUUCUGGUAUCUUCAUUUCACCUAAGGGUGUAUUGCAAGAAACAGGAAGUGUUGGAAUGUCCUUGACUGUAUGGGUUCUUUGUGGUCUUCUAUCCAUGAUUGGUGCUCUGUGUUACGCUGAACUGGGAACCUCAAUACCUAAAUCUGGAGGGGACUACGCUUAUAUCAACACAGCCUUUGGAUCUCUCCCCUCGUUUUUGUUCUUAUGGGAUGCAAACCUCAUAUUUGUACCUACGACUAAUGCAAUCAUGGGAUUGACUUUUGCCAAAUAUGUCAUACAGCCGUUCUUCCCUGACUGUAAUAUACCAGAUUCUGCAGUCAGACUCAUUGCAGCACUUUCCAUAACAUUUCUAACAUUCAUCAACUGCUGGAAUGUCCGUCUGACAACAAAACUUCAGGACGCCUUCAUGGUGACCAAAAUUGGUGCUCUUCUUAUUGUUAUUAUUGCUGGCAUGGUGCACUUAUUUAUGGGAAAUACUCAGAACUUCAAUAAUGCAUUUGAGGGUACGUCAACUGAACCUGGACAAAUUGCUGUAUCCUUCUACUCUGGCAUUUUCUCAUAUGCUGGAUGGAAUUACCUCAACUUUAUGACUGAAGAGUUGAAGAAUCCUUUUGUAAAUUUGCCACGAGCCAUCUAUAUUUCCCUGCCCGUGGUGACAUUGGUGUAUGUACUUGCCAAUGUGGCUUACUUGGCUGUCCUUACACCAACAGCUCUAUUAGCCUCAGAUGCUAUUGCCGUGACAUUUGCUGAUAAACUAUUAAGCUAUGGAAGUUGGAUAAUGCCUAUUUUGGUAGCACUCUCAGCUUUUGGAGGACUGUCUGUGCACAUUAUGACUUCCUCAAGGUUGUGUUUUGUGGGUGCUCGCCAAGGACACUUCCCAGAUUGUUUAGCACUCAUCAACUACAAAUGUAAUACUCCCACAACAUCACUUGUCUUUCUUGGACUUCUGUCACUAAUGUAUCUGUGUACAACUGAUAUCUACAGCCUGAUUGAAUAUGCUAGUUUUGUAGAAAGCAUGUUCAUUCUCUGUAGUGUAGCUGGACUACUGUAUUUGAGAUGGAAGUGUCCAGAUAUGGAAAGACCUAUAAAAGUUAACAUCAUUGUGCCCAUUGUGUUUCUGAUGAUUUGUGGAUUCCUGGUUUUCCUUCCUCUUUAUGUUCGGCCUCUUGAGGUUGGCAUGGGUAUCCUCAUCACAGCUUCAGGCAUCCCAGCGUAUUUAAUUUGUAUAUAUUGGAAGGAUAAACCAGCAAUAAUCACAAGAGCUCUAGAGUCCCUCACCAUUGGCUCCCAGCAACUCUUCUUCUCAGUGAAAGGCGACUGAAAAAUUUAUAGAUUAGAAAUACUAAAAUGGUCACAUUUCAGUUUGAAACGACUGCUGGAAAAUGGAUGUGCUGCAAACUUAUGGCGGAAACAGGAGCUGAGACGCAUAUGGUAGCAGCUCUUCAGAUUUUCAUCGUUUUACUGUGUAGGUGUUAUGAGCACCAUUAUAUCAGAAUUUAUGAAACAAUUGGUGUUUGACUUCUAGUGAAGUGUUAAAAAAAAUAAAAAAUAGACCAAAUGAAUGCCAAAAUUGGGCAUAUUUAGUGCCCAAAUGGCAGUUUCAGAGUACCAGUGAUAGAAUCCAAAUACACGUCGAAAGGGUUAAUAAAAUCAUUAUUAUUGGGACUGGGUGAUGCUGUGAUGGGACAUGUUUGUUAGCUCCCCAGAUAAUGCUUCUGUGAUAUGUUUGCAAAUAUUGAAUUGGGAAAAUUCUUUUCACUCUUUAGUAAUUUUAUAAAACUAAGCUGAUGAAUAUAUUUUUUUAUGAUUUGAAUAUAAAGGACAGAACCUAGAACUAGACCCACUUAAAUUUGGAUAAGAAAUUUGGAAAGCAGAUAAAGCACCUGUAUGUUAGAAAGCAAUUUUCAGGGUGUCAGAAUGCUGUUGGAGUACAGUACAGUAUAUCAAAUAUUUAAUGAAACAGAAAUUUCUGUAAAUCUAGAAAUCAGUACGGAUUAUAGGCUGCUUAUCCACAUCAGGUAUGCUGUACUGUAUUGCAAUACAGUGGUCCCUCGGUUAACUAGCACAAUUCAUUCCAGAAGGUUGCUCGUUAACCGAAAAACUCGUUAACCGAAACCAUUGU